AAAAAAAAUAAGAAAAAGUCUUGAUUUUGGACACACAUAUAACGUGGGGAUAGCCGUAGUUUUUAAAUAUCGACCGACGUACUUAAUAUUAGUUAUAUACACAUGGACUGCUGUGGAGGUGAAGUACGCAGCGAAAGCAUCUAUAAUAUGCUGCAGGCCUUAGUCGACUCGAAAGUCAUCAACGUCCAGUUGUUUACCAUCGCUGUGGGCAUAUUCUUUGUUGUGCUGUUGCUGAAAAACAAUUUUAGAAGCUUCUCGGGCACAUAAUAAAAAGAUACACCGAAUUGUCACUGCCGAACUUAGUCGCUAAUUAAUAUAAUAAUAGUGGAGCCCCUUGGCAGUGACGUCACACUCGUAGACUAGGCUAGCGACGAAAGAAGCAAACGAAACACGUUACAAAAACGGCUCAGGGUCGUCGUCGCUAUGCUCUAUGCCAUAUAUAAACCUAAAUUUAAAAGCGAAUAUAAUGCAUACUAAUUGUAAAUGAAGGCUGAUUGAAA